UGCUGUCACGUUAGUGGAAGUAUGAGACUUUGGGUGAAAAUGUACGAGGACUAGUCGUUGUUGUUGUUGUUUUUUUGUAAAACUUGGUUUUAAAUGUUCCAGUUUUGUAUCACUGAUGUGGCUAAGUGCAGCCGCUGCAUUCAUCGCUGUUUGUGCUUAUUACAUGAAUUAUAACAAGCAGCUCAGAGAAGCAGACGAAGACAGGUCGGUGUUUUCCGCAUGUCCCUGUUUACUACAACUUUAUUCACGAGGCUUAUUAUUAGAAGGAUGUCAUCAGCUUUCCAUCGUCAUGUCAUCUGGGAGUCGGAUGGGCUGGUAGCCUACCUUCACCCUCGCCCCUGGACCCCGGGCUCUGUCAUCCUGGAGAGUGGCACACCUGGCAGACCAGGAGGCAGCAUUUUCCACCUGGGGGAGCCAGAGUACUUAUCCUGGCUGCUGGGGGCGAGAGCUGUGGCAGAGCUGCUGUGUGACAGGCUGGGAGUUCAGAGGUGUGCACUGGUCAGCAGACCCCACAGAGACAGACCUGCUCAGAUCCGUAUCCUCCCACUACAUGGGCUGGAUGCAGAAUGGCGCCCUCACCUGGCUGGGGAAGAAGAGCACAAUGCCCAUGACCCAGGAUACUGCACUUCCAGGACUGCCCCUCGAUGGAGUGACUCCAGCCUGACUGAAAUCCAGACCAGGAUUCGAGCCAAACUGCCACUCCCUGAUGCCCCUCCUGAUCUGACUUUCCUUGGAGACGAUCCAGCUCACCCUUGCCUGUUCUCACGAAUUGUUCGUGGAGAGGAGCAGCAGUGGCGCGUGUGGGAGGACAAAGGUCAUGUGGCUUUUCUCACGCCAUUCCCCAACUCUCCUGGGUUUACUGUGUUGGUCCCACGCCGACCUUUGACCUCUGAUAUAUUCAAACUAGAAAGAGGAGAUUACGAGGAACUGGUGCUGGCUGCCAAGAAGGCAUCGCAACUCCUGGAGAAUGGAUUGGAUGCCUGGGGGGUGGGGCUUAUUUUUGAGGGUUUUGAGAUUGAUUACGCUCACGCGAAGUUGAUACCGCUGUUCCUGCCGCCAUUGUCAGGGGCUGAGGACACUAAACCACCGCCCCUCCAGUUUUACCCCACUUACCCUGGAUAUGUGACAUCAGAAGAUGGACCUGAAGCCAGCUCAGAAAGUCUGAAGAUGAUGCAUGCUAAAAUCACUCAAAUUUAAUGCUGUUGCAUAUGGUUUGAUUUCAACUGUAUGCUGUUUUUACCAAAUACCCAGCCUUCUCUUUGGAUAAUCAUGACUGAAUAGGUACCAGCUGUUUAUAAAUGUUCUUCCAAGUGACUCUCUUGCAUAUUUUUUUUUUACAAAACAAACUUUAGAUUCAGAUCAAAUAUCUAAAUAAAAUUUGUUUGCCUGUGCCAUUUAAAAACACUCUACAAUACUCAUUUAUAGAUUUAUUUUGAAACCUAAACUGAUCAGCUUAUUCAAGAUAAAUGAUAUUUAUCUUAAAUAAGUAGUUUAAAGUCCACAUUUUUUAUUAAAACAUGAAAUGAAGUGCCA